UCUGAGUUCGCAUACAAUUGUCAGUUUUGAGUAAAUUCCAGGUUUGCAUUUAUGUGUCGAUUAAAAAUUUACUAUCAUGCAUUUACUCAACUGGACCGCUACGCCAAAUGUCCAGGCGAGACUUAUGGACUCGUUAGAGGCAAGAGGAACCCAUCACUUAGGAUGGAAUCUUAAACCGGAAGACCUGAUUCAUAUUCCGGAACAUUGGCUCCUUUAUCCAGAACCCGAAUAUUCCUUACACAUGCUCCUCGCCUUAGUUUACAUCGGACUUUUUUUCACAUCUACUAUUGGAAACGGUCUUGUCCUAUGGGUUUUCACCUCUGCGAAAAGUCUUCGAACAGCUUCGAACAUGUUUGUGGUAAAUUUGGCGCUUUAUGAUUUCAUAAUGAUGCUGAAAACUCCGAUCAACAUCUACAACUCGAUUUACAGAGGUUACGCGUUGGGUCACAUGGGAUGUCAAAUUUUCGCUUUCGUGGGUUCGAUUUCUGGUAUUGGUGCUGGUAUGACCAACGCAGCGAUUGCAUACGACAGGUACACCACCAUCACCAAUCCUCUGGAUGGAAAAGUCACCAGGACUAAAGCACUAUUCAUGAUUAUAUUUAUUUGGAUUUACACUAUUCCUUGGGCUGUUCUUCCACUAUUGGAGAUUUGGGGAAGGUUUGUACCAGAGGGAUACCUAACAACCUGCAGCUUUGACUACCUGACCAACACUUUCGAUAACCACUUAUUCGUUGGAGUGAUGUUCUUUUGUUCUUAUGUUGUACCGAUGUCAGCGAUAAUUUAUUUCUAUAGUAAGAUUGUUAGCAAAGUUUUCAGCCAUGAGAAAGCUUUAAGAGAACAAGCGAAAAAAAUGAACGUAGAAUCGUUAAGAAGCAACCAAAACCAACAAAGUGAAUCGGCGGAAUUGCGAAUUGCGAAAGCGGCAAUCACUAUUUGUUUCCUGUUCGUCGCAUCUUGGACACCGUACGCUGUAUUAGCUUUGAUCGGGGCUUUUGGAGAUCAAAGUCUUUUGACACCUGGAGUUUCAAUGAUACCUGCUUUGAAUUGUAAAUUGGUAGCUUGUAUAGAUCCAUAUGUUUAUGCUAUCAGUCACCCAAGGUACAGGAUUGAAUUGCAAAAGCGACUUCCUUGGUUGGCAAUCAAGGAAUCUGAUGGAACUGACUCAAGAUCUACAGCUACAGAAGUAACCACCGCUCCUGCUACACCUGCAGCCACAACAUAAAUAAGAAAGAUGAAUUUAUUAUAUUAGAAAUGUUUCUUUAAGUUUUAUUUGACUGAACUAUUGACGACGACUUCGCUGCGUUUGUGGGAUUACUCUUUGAGGAAAUGUAUCGUUUAUUCUUGAUAGUCUUUGUAGAAACUACAAAUUAUAGAUACAUUUUAUUAGAAUAAAUUCUUGAGCAAUA